UCAUUGAAUGUUUUAGGUGUAGCUGAAGUGGGUAACAGUUUGUUUGUUAUUGGUGGUAACGAUGGUACAUCUUUUCUCAAUUCAUGUGAGCGAUACGAUCCACUUACAAAUAAAUGGUCGUAUGUUCCACCAAUGAGUAGACCUAGAGCUGGCAUUGGUGCUGCUGUCGUUGAUGGUAUUUUAUAUGUAGCAGGUGGAUUUGAUGGUAUUGCAAGGCUGAGUUUGGUUGAAAUGUUUGAACCACGUAUGAACAUGUGGCAGGAAGUGGCACAUAUGAACUCAUGUCGUGAUGGUGUUUCUAUGGUGAACUAUGGAAGCCAACUUUAUGCUGUUGGUGGAAUUGAUGGACGAUCUUAUUUUAGUACUGUUGAGAUAUUUGAUCCAAAGACUAACACAUGGGAGGAAGUAUUGCCAAUGGAAACAUGUCGAGCUGCGGCAGGAGUUGCAGUUUUACCUGAUGUAUAUAGUGUGUGAAUUGUGGACUGGGUUCCAGAAAAUAAAUUUUUAAUUGAAAUACUGUAAAUAAAACAUUAUUUAUAAGACAAAUCAGAGAUAGGAAAUUUUAUAGACCAACGUAUAUAGUAUGUACUAUUUACAUAUAAUUUUAAUCUUUCUAAAUUCAUUUGUAAAUUUGAAUCAUUUUGAUGAAAUAAUAUUUGGUUGAAGAUGGAUUACAAUAUAUUAACUUUUUAAAA